AUGCCAGUGACCCGGGUGCAGCCUAUCAAUGCCUCCGAACCGUUGGAGAUCGAGACCUCCGCCGGGUCGACGGUGGCGAGCCUCAAGCUUGGGAUCGAAGAGAAAGUUGGUAUCCGGGCCUCCGCACAGAGGUUGGUUGCUGGAGGCCGACUGCUGCAGGAUGACCUGCUUGUGGAGUCCCUGGAACACCGGAUUUUUCUGGCGCAGAUUGGGCAACCCGCUGCGGAAUCCCCUCCCUACGGAUCCACCUCCGAGGUCACAGAGAUCAAGCUGCUCAUUCGAGCUAUCUGGAACGAGGGCCAAGAAGAGUCAACAGUCUUUGCCAAGCCUCACCUGCCUGUUUCCAAGUUCAAGGAGAAGGCUGGGGCGGGGGCUGGAACAGUGCUGUGCUGCAGCUUCUUGGGUACCCUGGAGAGUCACGGCAUUGAAGAGGGCGACAGCAUUGUCGUCGUGGCGCGGCGUGCGCCAGUCACCCGCCUUGGCAGCUUCCGGCGCCGCAUGGUGUUGUUCCUUCGCGGCCUCCUGGCUGUCAUUGUUUGGAGCCUCCACGGACUGGCUUGCCUUCCUGGGGCGGCCUGGCACUGGCUCCAGAAUGCCUGGUACGAUCCGUGGAGCAUCGUGCGGCCUUCUGUCCCUGAAGAG